AACCACGACCGUCGCCGUCGCCCGUCCCCGGACCAGUCCUUCGUUCUCUUUCACCCUUCUCCUCUCCCGGACGCGGCACUCUCUAGUAGUCCAUACCUCCCUGCACGGUCGACCUCGCACCACCAACCAAACCGAUCGUUAUACCAUCCCAGUUCUCAUAUAAUGUCCCCUGUCAACUCGCUCCUCCUCUCCUCGGCCUUCCUGGCCGCGCUCGCCAAGGCGCAGUCGACCUUCCCGGCGACGCCUUUGGCGGAGAAGCACUACAAGUACCCGGAUGAGAUUCCGUACAAGGUCGACACCGACGAAGGCCUCAUCCGCGGCACGCAGUUCGGCUACAACCUGUGCAACUCGACGACCGAGGGCCAGGACGCGCUGUGCCAGACCAGCUUCCUCAACUCGCUUGAUGACUUCUGCCUGUGGGCGCCGUCCGAGCCCAACUCGAUGAUCGCCGACACGGAGGGCGAGGAGGUCGCGUGGUGCACGAAGCCCGGUCGUGGUACCCGCCUCAUUCCCGAGGGCGCGCUCACGGGCGUGCAGUUCAUGCGCACCUCGGCGUACGUCCAGGUCAUUGGCUUCAUUGAUCAGACCAAGAUCAACAUCGCCGACGGUGACUACGGUGGUGAGCUCGACCCCCACGGUGCUGAUCUCCGUGGCAACCCUAUGGGUGGUCUCGUCUACUCGACCGCUUUCAGCUCGAGCGGCGAUGAGUACACCCAGAUGAUUGAGUGGCACAACUUCAUGGGUGGCAACGCCUUCUGCUUCAAGGUCUGCGACCCGUCGAACCCGCACGCCGCCGACUACUGCCAGCACAUCUACGACCGUAUCGGCUGCGCGUACAACGCGCCCAACAACGCCCAGGACAAGGUCUUUGAGUCCUGCGAGGGCGACCUCCAGGACUUCCCCGGUGUCUACACCGGCGAGGACGGCCAGGUCACUACCUACACCCAGCCCCCCGAGUCGCUUGGCGCUAUCACCACGAUGCCGUACCAGCCCAAGGUGCCCGCGUCGUCUAACUGCCAGACGUUCUCGAGCGCGGAGCUCUACUCGGCGCUUUCGUCCGUGAGCGCGGAUGGCGCCAACUCGCACUCGGGCUCUGCUACCUCGUCCGGCGCGGAGUCGAGCAAGACGUCGGGUGCUAGUGGCUCGGCUACUCGCGGGGCGGCGACGAGCGGUGGCUCGGCGGCGAGCGGUACGGCUGAGGGCGCGCAGGCGACGAACAGCAAUGCGGCGAUGGGCGCGCGCGUCUCUGCGGAGGGUGUUGCGUGGACGGGUGUCUUCUGGGCGGGCCUCGCGGCCGUCGCUGGCGCGGUGGGUGUGAUGGCGUGAGCUUGAGCACUUAUACGCCUAUGUCGUGUGCGGUGACCUACUCCUCCGUUGAUGGAGUAUCACUCGUCGACUACCUUGUAUUCACUGGCUAUCCUAUCAUCCAUUUGGUUAUUGACUUUACGGUUUCGAUGUUUUGUCUCUGGG